GGGAGGGUGCCAAUUGUGGCGGGACGCGCGGCCCUCACGGCCACCGUAGCGACCGCCGUUAGCAGCGGUGCGGGGGGAAAUUUAAACGGCGGCGGAGCGCUAGAGGCGGUUUCCUUUCGGUAUGGCGGCUCCUGCUGGGCCUCUCCGCGGGAGGACCUUCUUCCUGGAUGUGCCCAGCGGGUGGGCGGCGAGGGAGCUGGCGGAGGUCAUUCGGCACCUGGGCGGGGAGACUGAGAGCUUCCUAAGCAAAGAAGUCAGCUACGUGGUGUCCAGCAAAAAGGAAGCCAAGCGAAGCAGAGCCAGGGCUCGGGCUGAGAAGAGCAGUGUGACCUCAGAGGGUGCAAAAGCCCAGAGCUCAACACCUUCCUCCUCCAAAGAGAACCACACCAGACCUCAGCAGAAGCCACCAGACACUGCCCUGAUCAGCAGGGGAAGGGAGCUGCUGCAGAAGGCCAUGAAGAAUCAGGACACCUGCAGUGGCAGCAGCAUCCUCGCCAACGCUCGCUUGUGGGGAGUCCAGAUUGUGCAUGUGGAUGAAAUGUUGUCGUAUGCUCAGCAGCUGCUGCGUGCUGCCUCAGGAGCACGGAAACAGAGGACAGAGGCACAGAGCCCCGUGUCUGGACAAAGAGCUCACAAAGCAGGAAAACUGAAGCCCCCUUUUCUGAAGGUUGAGGACCAGAGCAGGCAAUUCCGGCCCUUCCACCACCAGUUCAAGAGCUUUCCUGGCCUCAACCUCCUGGCACCCAAGGGCUGCAGCCCCUUUGAGCCUCCAAAGAACCUCCCCAAUUCCUGCAGGGCCAGGGCCGUGGAGGGCUGCACAGAGCACAGCAAGGGAGAGAAGAGCCCCCAGUCCACAGCAGUGCCAAAAAAGAAAAGGGGAUUUUGUGAGUGCUGCCAGGAGACGUUUGAAGAGCUGCAGAAGCACCUGCAGAGCCCACAGCACAGAUGCUUUGCCCUGGAUGACUCCCGUUACGCCUUGGUGGAUCACGUCAUCGCGCAGCUCGCCAGCAGCAUCACAGGGCAGCUGCCCAGGGUGCCGCUGCCCUGCCUGACAGAUGAACACUUAAUGCCUCGAGCACAAUGUGCUGCAGGAGCUGAGGUGCUGACAGCGGUGCUGGGGGAGGAGAGGCAGCAGUGUGAGCAGGCUGUGGGGCUGCUGAGUGCUGAUCCCAGCCCUGGCACCAAGGGGUGCUCCUCCUGUCUGCCUGGGAACGGUGUCAGUGAUCCCACAGAAACAGAGGGACUGAGUGGAAGCCGCCCUUCUGGACUGUCUGCUGAAUUCAGGUCAGCAACUGCUGCUCCGUCUGAACCCCACAGACUUCUGCACACCCCUCCUGCCUGCAGGAAGCGCCCAUUGGGCCCUGCUCAGCCCACCCCCCUGGGGAAGAAGCCUCGAGUGGAGCUGAGGGCCAACCCCACUCGGUGCCCUGUGUUCCUGCAGACCCCUCAGCACAACAGCACAACGGCUCCCUGUGGCUUUGAGAUGAGUUCUGAGUCAGGCUGGGAUGUCCCACUGCUCUCCACGCUGCCCCAGGAUGGCAGGAUCUGCUCUGUGGACAGGGAUCUGCUCCAAAGGGGGGACACCCGCGUGCGGGGCAGUGGGUGCGACUCGCAGCUCUGCCUGGUGCUGCAGGGGAACUCGGAGUCGGACAGGAGCUGCAGAAACUGCUGUGCAGGGAGCAGAGCUGCCUUUCCCCCAAUUUCAGACCUUUUUUGGCAGCUGAACUAAUUCUAACCACCCUCAGUGGGAGCUGGGCAGCACCCCACACCUCCUGGGGGCAACACAUCUUCAUCCAGCGCCUGCUGCCCUGGCCUCUGGCAGGGGAGGAGUGAUAUGGGAUGCAACCUUCUGCCCCAGCCCUUGGGAGAAGGACACAAAGCGGUGUGCUGAGCUCACUCCAUCACCCUACAGCAGCAGGAGGGCAGCAGUGCAUCCUCCUCCCAGCCAUCGGGGUCUGCAGUGCCUCUCUCCCGUUGGGCUCCAUGGGGUGGGCUGUGACCUCAGCAUCCUCAGCAUCUUGCCCCUGGGAUAUGGCUGUGGAUGGGCUGGGUGUGCUUACAGAUGUUUUUAACUGCCGCUAAGCUGAUUUUGUUUCUAGUGAACUUCUAAUAAAAUGAAAGAACAGAGAGCGGCGUGCGGGGUGGGCUGUGUCCAACU